AUGGGGACGAGGAAGAUGAGCUGGGUGAAGUAUGGGCGCACAAAGCUGGCGUUAACUGUCUUGCUGUUGACAGGUUCGAGGGACGGUAGAGGCGCCGAAUCCUCAAUUAUUCUAUGGGAUCUCGAGAGCGCUGAGUGUUCACUCAAUCGCUGCACUUACAAUCCUAGCGUGAAAGCGAGCAAAACGUCUUCCGCUCAUAAAUUCGGCAUCACACAUCUCUCCUUCUACCCAUUCGAUUCGCUGGCCUUUCUCUCCACCUCCUACGACCACACCUUGAAGAUUUAUGCAACAGAGACACUCACUCCGUCUGCGUCCUUCGAUCUCAACUUAGUCGUCUAUUCUCAUGCCUUGUCCCCCAUUGCGGAUCAUCUCCUAGUGGCGUGCGCGACGCAGCAUCCUGCUGUCAGACUGGUGGAUCUCAGAUCGGGUGCUAGUGCGCACUCGCUCGCCGGUCAUCAAGGUGCAGUACUCUCGGUAGCAUGGAGCCCGCAUGAUGAAUACAUCCUGGCCAGUGGUGGCUCAGACGGAACAGUCAGGCUAUGGGAUAUUCGAAGGAGUGCUGGAAGUUUAGGAGUCCUGGAUAUGGACGACUCUGUUGGAGUUGGCGGUGAAGAUGGAAGGGGUAAAAAUGCCCGUACCCGAAACCAUGGCAAAGCACAUAUCGGGGCUUGCAACGGUGUAGUCUGGACAGAGGAUGGGCGGCACAUUGUCACUGCUGGUCAUGAUGAACGUGUACGGGUCUGGGAUGUAGGAGUUGGCGCCAAUGCUCUGUCGCACUUUGGUCCAAUCAUCAAGAACACCCAUCUUUCUACCCUAUUGCCAUUACUCGCACCUAGGCAAGUCUCGGGCUCCCAGGUCAUGCUAUACCCGAACGAGAAGGAAAUAUUGAUGUUCGAUUUGUUCGAGGGCACGCUGCUUAACCGACUGCGGGCUCCUGGUGUAGCUGUCGCUCAGGCUAGUGGAAGCGCUGGAAAACGAAACAUCAGGAAUAGAGUCACUUCGCUUGGUUGGAGAAAUGGCAAUGUCGAAGUGUAUUCUGCGCAUUCAGAUGGUCUCAUUAGGGCAUGGAAGCCCAGGACGAAGGCGGAUAUCCAGCUUGAAAAAGAUGAGGCCGAGCAGGUUGAUGAAGAUGAGGACGAAAGCAGGAAAAGGAAGAGACAGGCCCUUGAUGAUGUCUUUAGGGAUCUGACCAGACAGAAGAUUACUUUCACCUGA